GGAAUUGCUCCAAAGAUGGAAUUUUCUACAACCUCAGUGAUUACUGAAUGUCUUAUAAGUUCAAGAAAGUGCCGCACUCAGGAUAAAUUUAUUUACCACUUGGCUCCCGUCGAAAAAUCACACGGCAGAUUACAAAGCAGAACAUCAAGGUCACAAAAGAAAAAAUCUAAGUCACCUGAGAGAAGUAAAUAUUGCAUAAAUGCGAAAAACUACGAACAGCCUACAAUUUCAUCAAAAUCGCACUCUCCAUCUCCCUACACAAAAAGACGCAUGUGUGAGCUCUCUGAAGACACCAGGCGGCGGCUGGCCCAUUUAAACCUGGGACCCUAUGAAUUCAAAAAAGAAACAGAUAAACCUCCAUUUGUGAUUAGACAUGUUGAUCCCCCAAGUCCCAGGACUGAUGUUUUAUUUGGAUCACCUGGCAGAGAUUGUGAAAGAGAUGGAUGGUCUAGGAUGCACAAUG